AGAUCGUAAGUCGUGCGCCUGCGUAGCGCUUCCUGCCGUAAAGACCCCGCUAGCUGUCGUGCAGCAGACUCUCCGUAAUGAUAUGGAGAGAGGGAUGGAUACAGAUAUUUAUUUUUUAGGCUGACUGAAUUAGCUUCGUACCCCAGUUCCCCUGGGGGAUCGCAGACAAAAACAGGGUUUUAGAAGCAGUGUGGGUUGUGUUCGCUUGUGUGCCUUUUUGCUGGGGAGGGGGGGGGAGCGGGUUGAUGUUUGUUUUCCGCCGAGGCUCGGUGAUGGUGUCGAUGUGUCGGCUGUAAGAGGAGCCGAGGGCAGCGCGUCGCACUCAAGAUGGACACCGCCGAAGAAGCAGAUAUAUGCAGGGUCUGCCGAUCGGAAGGAACCCCAGACAAGCCACUCUAUCACCCCUGCGUUUGCACUGGCAGCAUUAAAUUCAUCCACCAGGAAUGCUUGGUGCAAUGGCUGAAACACAGCAGGAAAGAGUACUGCGAGUUGUGCAAGCACAGAUUUGCUUUCACACCAAUUUAUUCUCCAGAUAUGCCUUCACGGCUCCCUAUCCAGGACAUAUUUGCCGGACUGGUGACGAGUAUUGGCACAGCAAUACGAUACUGGUUUCAUUACACACUUGUGGCCUUCGCCUGGCUGGGGGUGGUUCCCCUCACAGCAUGUCGCAUCUACAAGUGUCUGUUUACCGGCUCUGUGAGCUCACUACUGACGCUGCCACUGGAUAUGUUAUCCACGGAAAACUUGCUGGCUGACUGUUUGCAAGGCUGCUUCGUGGUGACGUGUACCCUCUGUGCGUUCAUCAGCUUGGUGUGGCUCCGAGAGCAGAUUGUCCACGGUGGCGCCCCUCAGUGGCUGGAGCAGAAUCAGCAGCAGCCUCCCAAUGGGGUGGGGCAGCCUAAUGAGGUCCCAGGGGCUGGGAACGGGGCUGCUGAGAACGCGCCAGUGCCGGCGCCGGCCAACCUGCCCGCCGAGAACGCUGCGGUGGCCGAGGUGCCGGGCGUGCAGGGCGAGCCCGCCGAGGACAUGGAGGUGGACAACGAGGAUGAGGAGGAUGCUGCUGCCGAAGACGCUGCCGAUGCAAACAAUGGAGCUCCAGAUGACAUGAACUGGAACGCCCUGGAAUGGGAUCGGGCUGCGGAAGAGCUCACAUGGGAACGCAUGCUCGGACUAGAUGGCUCCUUGGUUUUCCUGGAACAUGUUUUCUGGGUAGUGUCACUAAAUACACUCUUCAUCCUUGUUUUUGCCUUCUGCCCUUACCACAUUGGGCACUUCUCUGUUGUCGGAUUGGGUUUUGAAGACUAUGUUCAAGCCUCACACUUCGAAGGGCUGAUCACAACGAUUGUUGGCUACGUCCUCCUGGCUGUUACGUUGAUUGUGUGUCAUGGUUUAGCAGCGCUGGUGAAAUUCCAGAGAUCGCGGCGUUUGUUAGGGGUCUGCUACAUCGUCGUGAAGGUGUCUUUGCUGGUGGUUGUGGAGAUCGGUGUGUUUCCACUCAUCUGUGGAUGGUGGCUUGACAUCUGCUCAUUGGAAAUGUUUGAUGCUUCUCUGAAGGACCGUGAGCUGAGUUUCCAGUCCGCUCCAGGCACCACCAUGUUCUUGCACUGGCUGGUGGGAAUGGUCUACGUGUUCUACUUCGCCUCUUUCAUCCUCUUACUGCGGGAGGUUCUGAGGCCUGGUGUUUUGUGGUUUCUGAGAAAUCUGAAUGAUCCUGAUUUUAAUCCUGUCCAAGAAAUGAUUCAUCUGCCGAUAUACAGACAUCUCAGAAGAUUUAUUUUAUCAGUGGUUGUCUUUGGGUCCAUUGUUCUCCUCAUGCUAUGGCUUCCUAUUCGGAUAAUCAAGCACAUUUUACCAAACUUCCUUCCUUACAACGUCAUGCUGUACAGCGACGCCCCGGUGAGCGAGCUGUCCCUGGAGCUGCUCCUGCUGCAGGUGGUGCUCCCGGCUCUCCUGGAACAGGGACACACCCGCCAGUGGCUGAAAGGGCUGGUGCGGGCCUGGACUGUCACCGCCGGCUACCUGCUAGACCUUCACUCUUACCUGCUGGGAGACCAGGAGGAAAACGACAACAACGCCAACCCGCAGGCCAACAACAACCAGCAAGCUCGCAAUAACAACGCCAUCCCUGUGGUGGGCGAGGGGCUCCACGCCGCCCACCAGGCCAUUCUGCAGCAGGGCGGCCCUGUGGGCUUUCAGCCCUACCGCAGGCCUCUGCGGUUCCCCUUCCGGAUCAUGCUGCUAGUCGUCUUCAUGUGCGCGACCCUGCUGGUGGCCAGCCUUAUUUGCCUCACGUUGCCAGUGUUCACCGGCCGCUGGUUGAUGUCCUUCUGGACAGGCAGCACGAAGAUCCACGAGCUGUACACCGCAGCUUGCGGCCUGUACGUGUGCUGGCUGUCCAUCCGCGCCAUCACGGUGCUCCUGGCCUGGAUGCCCCAGGGCCGGCGGGUCAUACUGCUGAAGGUGCAGGAGUGGUCUCUCAUGAUCAUGAAGACGGUGAUUGUGGCUGUUCUGCUGGCCGGAGUCAUCCCCCUGCUGCUGGGCCUGUUGUUCGAGCUGGUCAUCGUGGCUCCUCUCAGGGUGCCUCUCGAUCAGACACCUCUCUUCUACCCCUGGCAGGACUGGGCUCUUGGAGUUCUUCAUGCCAAAAUCAUAGCUGCCAUAACGCUGAUGGGUCCCCAGUGGUGGCUGAAGACCGUGAUUGAGCAGGUUUAUGCGAACGGAAUCCGCAACAUUGACCUUCAUUUUAUAAUCCGCAAGCUGGCAGCUCCAGUUAUUUCUGUCUUGCUCCUGUCCCUCUGUGUGCCCUAUGUCAUUGCUGCUGGUGUUGUUCCUUUAAUAGGGGUCACUGUUGAGAUGCAGAACCUGGUGCAGCGUCGGAUCUAUCCUUUCCUUCUGAUGGUGGUGAUGCUCAUGGGAAUCCUGUCCUUCCAGAUCCGCCAAUUCAAGCGCCUUUACGAGCACAUUAAGAACGACAAGUACCUUGUUGGUCAGAGGCUAGUAAACUAUGAGCGCAAGGGAGGGAAGUCCAGCUCCACUCCGCCAGCCAGCUCCCCUCAAGAAUAAAGGCCACUCUGCCUGACCGCUGCCCUCCGGACGCCCGGACCCUCCGGCACAGUGCUCAGUCAGCUCCCCCUGUUCUGUCACGACCUUUCUGUUGCUUCACAUCCACAUUUUCAGGCUCUCCCGUUCCCCAUCUGCUACUGCCCUGCUUGUAAGCGCUGCCUGAGAACUGUACAUGUGUAAAUAGUUGAAAACCAAACGACCCUAAACGUGAACUUGGAUUAAAAGAAUGUGCAUUGUACAUCUUAAAAAUAUAUUAAUUUAUUAAAUCUAGUUGUCACUUUA